AUGAUCCAUCCUGGGAACCCAGACGCGGGGAAUCAGGAAAGCAAGGAUCAUCCUAAGCUUCCAGACGGCGGAAAGCCGUUACUACUUGAAGAGAGGAUGGUAGGCGACUCGCCGGUCGCCGUCUCCGAGACACCGAGAGGGGAGACGGAGGCGACCGAGAAGGAUGAGAAGGAUGAUGAGGAGGAGGAGAAGAAGGGGAAGAAGAAGGAGAAGAAGCCGGCGGUGCCGUACUGGCGGCUCUUCUCCUACGCGGACCGCACGGACGUGGCGCUCAUGGCCGUCGGCACGUUCGGCGCCGUGCUUCACGGCGCCGCGCUGCCGAUCUCGUUCCUAUUCCUGGGGAAAAUGGUGGACUCGUUCGGCACGAACGACCUGUCCGGCGUGAACACGGUGAGGGGCGUGAGAGAGGGACGUGAUGAUGGAGAGGGCAUGAGGCGAGCGGCAAAGUGCGAGGGUGCGCCGGCUGUACCUGCAGGCGCUGCUGCGGCAGGAGGAGCAGUCUGGGCCCUUGUGUUCCACUCCUCUCCGCCACUCCCCACACCUCCCUUUCUCCUCCCCCUUUCCUCCUUCGCAGAGGUGGCAUGCUGGAUGCACACGGGGAGCGGCAGUGUGCAAGGGUGCGUUGGUUGUACCUGCAGGCACUGCUGCUUCAUCCGGAGCAAUGGGGGUUACUCAGCCUUUCAGUCCUCUCCUGGCCUUCCCCCAUCCCUUCCUCUUCCUCCCCCAUGGCAGAGGUGGCGUGCUGGAUGCACACGGGCGAGAGGCAGAGCGCGAGGGUGCGCCAGCUGUACCUGCAACUCACAUUUCCCCCUCUUCCCAUCUCCUCAUCUGUCCUCCGCUUCCCCUGCCAUCCCCGCAGAGGUGGCGUGCUGGAUGCACACGGGCGAGAGGCAGAGCGCGAGGGUGCGCCGGCUGUACCUGCAACUCACAUUUCCCCCUCUUCCCAUCUCCUCCUCUGUCCUCCGCUUCCCCUGCCAUCCCCGCAGAGGUGGCGUGCUGGAUGCACACGGGCGAGCGGCAGAGCGCGAGGGUGCGCCGGCUGUACCUGCAACUCACAUUUCCCCCUCUUCCCAUCUCCUCCUCUGUCCUCCGCUUCCCCUGCCAUCCCCGCAGAGGUGGCGUGCUGGAUGCACACGGGCGAGCGGCAGAGCGCGAGGGUGCGCCGGCUGUACCUGCAACUCACAUUUCCCCCUCUUCCCAUCUCCUCCUCUGUCCUCCGCUUCCCCUGCCAUCCCCGCAGAGGUGGCGUGCUGGAUGCACACGGGCGAGCGGCAGAGCGCGAGGGUGCGCCGGCUGUACCUGCAACUCACAUUUCCCCCUCUUCCCAUCUCCUCCUCUGUCCUCCGCUUCCCCUGCCAUCCCCGCAGAGGUGGCGUGCUGGAUGCACACGGGCGAGCGGCAGAGCGCGAGGGUGCGCCGGCUGUACCUGCAACUCACAUUUCCCCCUCUUCCCAUCUCCUCCUCUGUCCUCCGCUUCCCCUGCCAUCCCCGCAGAGGUGGCGUGCUGGAUGCACACGGGCGAGCGGCAGAGCGCGAGGGUGCGCCGGCUGUACCUGCAACUCACAUUUCCCCCUCUUCCCAUCUCCUCCUCUGUCCUCCGCUUCCCCUAACAUCCCCGCAGAGGUGGCGUGCUGGAUGCACACGGGCGAGAGGCAGAGCGCGCGGGUGCGCCGGCUGUACCUGCAGGCGCUGCUGCGGCAGGAGGUGGCCUUUUUUGACCUCGAGGCGUGCUCGGGGGAGCUCGUGAACCGCGUAUCAUCUGAUGUGUUGCUGCUGCAAGAUGCCAUCUCGGAGAAGGUGGGCAACUGCAUUCACUACUUCUCCACGUUCGUCUGUGGCUUCAUAGUCGGCUUCACCAGUGUGUGGCAGCUGGCUCUGGUCAUUCUCGCCGUCUGCCCGCUCAUCAUCGCCACAGGAGGGAUCUAUGCGGCUGUGCUCACGGGCCUCAUGACCCAGGGCGAGAAGGCUUACACUGAAGCAGGGAAGAUAGCUGAACAGGCGGUGGGGCAGGUGCCCCCAGUGCAGUCAUACGUGGCAGAGGACAGGACAGUGGAGGCAUGUGGCCUCCCUCAUCGCCUCGCCACCCACAACCUCCCUCACCACCCCCUCUUUACCACUCCCUCCCCUCCAUCGCCCCCACCACAUCAGGCGGUGGGGCAGGUGCGAACAGUGCAGUCGUACGUGGCAGAGGACAGGACAGUGGAGGCGUAUGGGCGGGCUUUAAGAGACACAUUCAAGCUGGGAGUCAAGUGGAGUGAAGGUGCGAUGGCCUUUGAGUCGACUCAAAAGGUGGAGGACAGGACAGUGGAGGCGUAUGGCCGGGCUUUAAGAGACACGAUCAAGCUGGGCGUCAAGGGCGGGUCAGCAAGGGAGUGGGUCUGGGCGCUAUCUACUCCCCUCAUGUUUGCAUCCUUUGCGCUCAUGUUCUGGGCGGGUCAGCCGAGGGAGUGGGACUGGGCGCUAUCUACUCCCCUCAUGUUCGCGUCCUUAGCGCUCAUGUUCUGGUUCUCCGCCCUCCUCAUCUCCCUCUUCCUUUACCUCUCUCUCCCCGUCUUCCCUCCCACCAUCCUCACCACCAUGUUUGCCAUCGCCCUCCGCAGCCUGGGGCUUGGCCAGUGGAACCCUCUCCCACUCGCAUUUCCUUCAAUCCCCCUCUCCCUCUCCCUCUUCCGUGCUUCCCGCCACCACCCUCAACCCCCACAAACCGUCACAAACCAGGGAGGAUUAGCCAAGGGAGUGGGACUGGGCGCCAUAUACGCGCUCAUGUUCGCGUCCUUUGCACUCAUGUUCUGGUUCUCCGGCAUCUUAAUUUCCCAAGGCAUCGGCAACGGAGGGUCGAUCCUCACCACCAUGUUCGCCAUUGCCCUCGGCAGCCUGGGGCUCGGCCAAGCCCUCCCUAAUGUCACAGCCUUUUCCAAGGGCCGUGUGGCUGCGUAUAAGAUCUUUGUGACUAUAGCGAGACGGCCGGUGAUCGGCGGGGAGGAGGAGGGGGAGGGGGGGAGCGGUGGGAAGGAGUUGGAGGCGGUGGAGGGGCGUGUGGAGUUUGAGAUGGUGUGCUUUGCGUACCCGGCUCGACCAGAAGUGCCCAUAUUUGAGGACUUCUCCCUCUCAAUCCCUGCCGGUGCCACGGUCGCCCUCGUCGGCCCAUCAGGCAGCGGCAAGUCAACUGUCGUGGCACUCAUUCAGCGCUUCUACGACCCGACAGCUGGCAGCGUCUCAUUGGACGGUGCGGAUCUGCGCCAGCUCAGCCUGACGUGGCUGCGUUCCCAGCUGGGGCUUGUCAGCCAGGAGCCGUCUCUCUUCGCCACCAGCAUUCUGGAGAACAUUCGGUAUGGCAAGGAGGACGCAACACUGGAGGAGGUGGAGGAGGCAGCAAGGAUCGCCAACGCGCAUUCCUUCGUGACUGCGCUGCCCCAGGGUUACAACACACAGGUGGGAGAGAGGGGCGUGCAGCUGUCGGGGGGCCAGAAGCAGCGCAUCGCCAUCGCCAGAGCGGUCGUCCGCAACCCGCGCGUGCUGCUAUUGGACGAGGCCACGUCAGCACUGGACAGCGAAUCAGAGCUCGUGGUGCAGGCGGCCCUGGACAGCGGGCUGAUGCGCGGCAGAUCAACGGUUGUGAUCGCACACCGGCUGUCCACGAUCCGGAAUGCAGACAAGAUUGCUGUGGUGGCCGGGGGAAGGGUGGUGGAGGAGGGGACACAUGAAGAGCUGAUGGCACAUGGGGGGCUGGAGGAGGGGGGAGGGGGAGGGGAGGAUGAGGGGAGAGGUGUGGGUAGUGCAAAGGAAGGUGCGAGGAAAGAGGGAGGCGUGUAUGCUAACUUGGUUCGCCUGCAGAUGGUAUCAGGGGAGGAUCGCCACGUAAGUCUGAAUGCUCUGGCCAAUCAGGUUCCAGGAUUGAAAGCAGCCGGCCGCCUUCGAAUUGACGUGGACCAAUCAGGAUACGAGGAGGACGUGGGGAGGAAGAUCUCGAGGGCGCUGAGCUCCAUCUCAGCAUCCUCCACGCCACGCUGCUUCAGUGAUCCUGCAGCUGACGUGGGCCAAUCAGGGAGCGUGGAGAACGUGGGAAGGAAGCUCUCGAGGGCGCUGAGCUCCCUCUCAGCAGCCUCCACUCCACGUGACUUCAGAGAGCCUGCUGCUGACGUGGACCAAUUAGGGAGCAUAGAGAACGUGGGAAGGAAGCUCUCGAGGGCACUGAGCUCCCUGUCAGCAGCCUCCACUCCAGAUGGCUUCAGAGAACCUGCUGCUGACGUGGAAUUUGACUUGGAUCUGAUGGGAUCCGACGAGGAUGAGGAAGAGGGAGAGGGAGGGGAAGGGGGAGGAGGGAAGCGAGUGUGGGGGGAACUGAGGAAGGUUCUACCAGCUCCCCUGAGGGCGUUAUUCCCUGGCGGCAAAAAGAGGGGAGAGGACAAGGGGGGAAACAGUCAGGAGGGCAAGGAGAGUGGAGUGGAGGAGGAGGGCGCGAAGGGAGACGGAGAAGGAGAAGGGGAAGGAGAAGGAGAAGGAGUGGGGGGAAAGAAGGCGUCGUGGUGGCGACUAGCGCGAAUGAGUGCUCCUGAGUGGCCGUUCACUGCUCUGGGUGCGGCUGGUGCUGUGAUGGCAGGCGCGUUCAACCCUGUGUAUGCGCUUCUGCUCAUUGAUGUGAUAGCGGCUCUCUACAACCCUGUUACCGAUGAGAUGAAGCGGGAGGUCAACAAGUGGGCCAUUGUCUUCACUGCUCUGGGCGUGCUGGCGCUGCCAGUGCACUCGGUGCAGAACUAUGGCUUUGGCGUGUCUGGAGAAGCACUGGUGAAGCGAGUCAGAGAGAAGAUGCUUGCAGCCAUCCUAGGCAACGAGGUAGCAUGGUUCGAUAGGGACGCCAACGCCAGUGGAGCCAUCGCCUCUCGCCUUGCCACAGAUGCCACCCUAGUCAAAGCGGCUGUGGCAGACCGCAUUGCCCUCGCCACGCAGAACCUGUCGGUGAUCGUGAUCGCGUUUGUGAUCGGGUUCGUGGUGGAGUGGCGCGUGGCACUGGUCGUUAUUGCCACAUUCCCUCUGCUCAUAUUUGCCGCACUUAUGGAGCAACAAUUCCUGGCAGGGUUUGCAGGCAACCAGAACUCAUCGCAUGCCGGCGCCACCACCAUAGCAGCAGAGGCAGUCGCCAACAUCCGCACUGUAGCAGCAUUCAACGCACAGGAAAAAAUCCUCGCACUGUUCACUGCCAGGCUGGCAGGCCCGCUCAGGCGCUCAUUCCUUCGUGGGCAGGUUGGCGGGGCAGGUUUCGGGCUGAGCCAGUUUUUCAUGUAUGGUUCGUACGCAUUAGCCCUCUGGUAUGGGUCGACUUUAAUUCCCAAUACAGCGUCAUAUGGUGAUGUGCUGAAGUCAUUUAUGGUGCUUAUAAUGACUUCGAUGGCUAUAGCAGAGAGCAUUACUCUCGCUCCAGAUAUUGCCAAGGGAAGCGUGGCUGUUAGAUCAGUGUUCAAGACCACCGAUCGGACGCCCAAGAUUCAAUCGGACGAUCCGACGGCUGAGCUGGUCUCGACUGUUCGCGGGAAGAUUGAGUUCCGGUCAGUUUCUUUCGCCUACCCGACCCGCCCGGAAACGCCCGUGCUGCAAGACCUUUCUCUCCGGGCAGCGCCUGGGAAGAUGCUUGCGCUGGUGGGCCCGUCGGGCAGCGGAAAAAGUUCCGUGGUGGCCCUGGUGGAGCGAUUCUACGAUCCGACGGCUGGGAGCGUGCGGGUGGAUGGGGAGGACAUCCGGACCGUUCAUCUGAAGACUCUCCGAUCGUUUAUCGGGCUUGUCAGCCAGGAACCCGCUCUCUUCGCCACCACCAUCCGCGGCAACAUCCUGUACGGGCAGCCAGGUGCCAGCGAGGCCGAGGUGGUGGAGGCAGCGCGAGCAGCCAGCAUGCAUGGGUUUAUCAGUGGGCUGCCAGAGGGAUACGACACGCAGGUGGGAGAGAGGGGCGUGCAGCUGUCAGGAGGGCAGAAGCAGCGCAUCGCCAUCGCCAGAGCCAUCCUGAAAGACCCGGCGGUGCUGCUGCUGGAUGAGAGCCAUCCAGAAAGACCCGGCAGUGCUGCUGCUGGAUGA